UCGUAGUGGUAGAUAAAAGAGGGUGUUGGCGGCACGGAAAGCGUGGAGGCGGGAGAGAUGGGAGACGAAAAGGUGAAGAAUGAGGCAAUGGAGAUAAUGGGAAUGUUCCAAGUACUCCCUCGUCUCGUCGUCUUUGAUCUCGAUUAUACUCUCUGGCCCUUUUAUUGUGAAUGCCGCUCCAAAAAUGAAAAACCAUCUAUGUAUCCUCAGGCCAAAGGUAUCUUACAUGCCCUCAAGGACAAGGGAGUUAAUGUUGCUAUUGCCUCAAGAUCACCCACUCCAGACAUAGCAAACUCUUUCCUUCAAAAAUUGGGGAUAAAAUCAAUGUUUGUUGCUCAGGAGAUAUUCUCCAGUUGGACACAUAAGACAGAGCACUUUCAGAAAAUCAACCGAAAGACGGCGGUGCCCUAUAAUGAGAUGCUGUUUUUUGAUGAUGAAAAUCGGAACAUACAGGCGGUUUCAAAAAUGGGUGUCACAAGCAUAUUGGUGGGCAAAGGGGUAAAUAUAGGGGCUUUCAGGCAAGGACUUUCCGAGUUUGUUCAGAAUUCUGCUUCAGUGGAAAAGAACAAAGAACGAUGGCGCAAAUUCUCAAAAGAACCAGGUUCAUCUAAAAGCGACACACAAUGAUGAUUUAGCAGUCCCCGCAUAAAUAGAAAGGUAAUUGUUGGAACUUCUGUUGCAUUAGCAGUCAAGCAUAUGGCCCUAAGUCCUGUAUCAAUUCGUACUUACCAAUUCUCAUUGGAGAAACAGCUUCCAAAUUCAAUUUGUUGAUAUGGACGUUAUCGUUGUAUGAAUAUUGGCAUUUGAACUCUUUCAACAGAGAUAUGUUUCGUAUGAUAUACAGCACUCGGGAUAGUGGAAAACAUCUUCAUUUA